UACAUCGCAGUCUACAAUCCCAACCCAUCGCGACAAGCGACAAUUCCUUACAAAAUGCUAUCGCCGGCGAUAUCCACUACAAUCUCUACAUCCGGUAGGGCUAGAGCUUCCUGCGAGCCAUGUAGAUCGCGAAAGGUCCGAUGCUCAGGAGAAUACCCGGUGUGUUCGAAAUGCACCGCUUCUAAUCGAGGAUGUAUUUACUCUCUGCAGAAACGCGCUGGCAGACCCAAGAGGCCCUGCGUGAUAGCGCGCGCCCCGGCCAGUCCUGCUCAAGAGGAUGAUCGCGGGCCGUCACCAGCGCAGUCGAAUGCCGCCCGAAUACCGACCGUUACGGAAGAGCCCCCGAGCCCUCACAGAACUAACACAGAUAUACCGCCGUAUCUCACGGACUUUGAGAGCUUUGCGCCUGCGCAAUCUCACAGUGACAUCCUCACGCAGACAGACAUCAACGCUUCAUGCGCAUGCCUGUCGAUCCUCUAUCUUCUCCUCAAUCGCCUCGGUGUCCGCACCGAACUCAUUGUCCCCGAUGAUCUCGCGACUCUGCGAAAUACGUUUGAGCGCGCAACGGAUGUUCUCGAAUGCUCAAAGUGCCCCAUGCGCUUCUCAUCCGUGCUGCAAAACGCGGGCAUCUUGGGCAUUCUGUGCGUCUGCAUUGCCGAGUCAUACGUCAGGCUCAUCAAAACGAUUGAUGCAAGGGCAAUUGAAGCGACCGGCAAGGGGGAAAAGCUCAAGGUCGCGCUCAAUCCUCUGGGUCAGUCACUCACCGCGGGCGACACAGUGUUGGUGCCGAUUGAAGUGUCGCCCGAGCAGUGGAAGAGUCUCAUGUACAAUGUCGUCAAGUCGGAGAUAUUUGGCAUUGAGAAUCAUCGCGACAAGUCGUUCCUCGCGUUCAUUGAGCGACUUGAAGAGCGGCAGACGAGAUGGCAUGCCCUGCCUACAGCGCCCGACUGUCCGCCAACGUAUCAGUCUGCUUGUUCGUCUUCGGAUGAACUGCCGCUCUGCUUGACCAUCACGAAGGCGGCGAGGAAGGUGCUUGACCCGAUCGCUUCUACUCUGGAGUGACGAAGAACACACACAGAUGAGAUUCGGUAAGGACACGGCUGCUAGCACUUCUCAUGGAACGACUCGAGAUGAUUGAUAGGAAUCCCCCAAAUUGGUACAUCAUUAGCGCUAGAAAUUGCAAACUCUUCCUAUUCUUGUUAUACCUGUCAACCAAACUACCCUCAAUGGCGUAUAUCCAGACAACCGUAUUGUCAACAAUCCCAUCCCGUACUGACCUCCACUACUGAACAAUUGCAGGAUGCAGAGCACCUUUGAAAUGAGGAUUAAAGUCAUACGUCUGAUGCCUCUUAUCAUCCUCCCACACCAACGUAUCUCUCUCGGAGUGUAUCUUAAAAUGGGAUUCACUCAACUUCUUCGCCUUCGCAUCCUCCGACAACCCCUCAACCUCCUUCUCAUUAUACACCAACGCCUUGUUCCGACCCUUGAAACAGGCAUUCGACUUGUCGCCGUGGUUGUUUCCAGGCGUGUAGCUCGAGAAUUCCUGCAGUCGGUCCAAAAGAGACUGAUGCAGAACUGCACCGCGCGGAAUGUCACGGUACGAACCUUUGUUGGGAGGGAAUGUCACGGGCUUCCAGCCGAGGAGCUUGACGUUGGCGUCUGUUGUGUCGUCGAGUUCCCAGCGCGUUAAGAAAGGGAGCCAUUCUGGGAUGUGUUAGUUGGGAUUGCGACUGUCUGGGAGAAACUUACCCAUGAAUUUCCACAUGAGGACUUUGAAGAAGGCUGUUCCGUAGCCAAAAGCGAGACAGUCGUGCAUGAAUCCAUGCGUCGCUUCUCUUCGCUUGGCAGGAUCCUCCAUACUCUUCUCAAACGGCUUGAGGCUAUGACACCAAUGCACGCCCGCCUGCAGCGACUUGUCCAUCUCGCCACACUUCUUGACCUCGCGAAUCAUCCACUCAAGUGGAAUGUCACUCAUCUGAAACCUAUCCUUGUUCAGGUUCUGGCUCGCCUUGCCAGCUUUUCUCGUCAGCCACGCGUUCUUGAUACGGCCCCAGAAAGACGGCUUCUCAGCUUCAUCUUCCUGCUCAUCGGGCUGUGCGGGCCAUCCGCCACCGACGUCGCCGUGGUUGCCUGGGAACCAGACUUCUUUAAUGUCUUCUUCGUCGUCGUGGCUGUGCACUGCGGCUCUGAUGUCCUGCGCUAGCAGAGCGGGCUUGAACUUGACGCGACGCUCGUCAACGGCUACGGCGUGACGGACAUGUGUCGCUGUACCCGUUACAGGAACGGGCAUCUUUGCUUUACGCUCGAGAACAGCAACCGAGGCGACGCAGUCCCAGAUUCCGAGGAAGAACACCUUGAUGUUCUCCUCUUCACCGGCGCGGUUAGUCUCCUUGCGACAGAAUGUCUGACUAAACGCCUCAAUCUCGUUGGAAGCAUCCUGCGUCUCUUCACUCACAUCUUCAGGCUUUGUGCCCAGAAGCUGUGUGGUGUCGCAAUUUGCGGGAGCGUCUGCCUCUGAGCUGCCGUGCUUGGAAGUGCACUGCGCAUGCUCGCUGUCUUUUAUCUCGCCUUGGAGAUAGCGCUGAUAAAGACGGUAGGCAAAGGGGACCAUCUCCUCGUUGCCUUUGCAGAGGAGACCGACCUUGUUGACCAUUCUGGCGAGGAACUUGGCUGUGUAGGCGCCUCGGCUGAAGCCAAAGACGUAGAUCUUUGCGUUCUUCGCAAUGUUAACUUGGGAAUUUGAGGUUCGGGAGAUGAGACUUACGGUUUCGUAGUAACGCAUGAGAAAGCGGUAGCCAGCAAUGACAUGAGCGUCAAAAGUGGUGCCGAAGCCUUGAUCGAUCGUCUUUGAGAUAUUACUACCAAAUUCACCAAGGAUGCCCUUGUUCACAGACUUCUCAUUGAUAUCGUAUGUUCCAAUUCCAGC